AUGGAGAUGUUAGGCUACGCGCCUCUCGUGGGCGAACUCAACCACACCGCCUCCCCUCUGGUUGGCGGUUCGCUGGCCAACGCCUCCCUGAACACGUCGGGCCAGUUGGCGCCCUUCCACAGCAGCAGCACCAUGGUAACGGCGGUGAUCUCCUUCACCGUGUUCCUGCUGGGCCUGACGGGCAACACGCUGGCCAUCUACGUCAUCCUGCGCUUCGCCAAGAUGAAGACCGUCACCAACCUGUACAUCCUCAACCUGGCGGUGGCCGACGAGCUGUACAUCCUUGGCCUGCCGCUGAUCACCACGCAGAACGUGCUCUCCUACUGGCCCUUCGGCUCCUUCCUGUGCCGCGUGGUCAUGACCGCCGACUCCAUCAACCAGUUCACCAGCAUCUUCUGCCUGACGGUCAUGAGCAUCGACCGCUACCUGGCCGUGGUGCGGCCCAUCCAGAGCAGCCGUUGGCGACGGCCUCGCGUGGCCAAGAUCAUCAACGCCCUGGUGUGGGCCGUGUCCAUCGUGGCCAUGCUGCCCGUCAUCAUCUUCUCCAACGUGCAGGACCAGCUGAACACCUGCAACAUCAGCUGGCCCGAGCCUCAGGAGGUCUGGUCCACGGCCUUCAUCCUCUACACGGCCACCCUGGGCUUCUUCUGCCCCCUGCUGGUCAUCUGCAUGUGCUACCUGCUGAUCGUGUUCAAGGUGAAGUCGGCGCGCGUGCGGGCGGGCCUCACCACGCGCCGGCGCUCGGAGAGGAAGGUGACCCGCAUGGUGGUGGUCAUGGUGGUGGUCUUCGUCCUCUGCUGGCUGCCCUUCUUCGUCAUCAACAUGGUCAACCUGGUGACCAUCCUGCCCGAGAACAACGUGACGGCCGGAGUCUACUUCCUCUCCGUCAUCCUGACCUACGUCAACAGCUGCGCCAACCCGCUGCUGUAUGGCUUCCUGUCGGAGAACUUCCGGCUGAGCAUCCAGAAGGCGCUGUGCAUGGACGGGGACAACAGGCGGGAGACCGGCAACGCCAACACGCUUCAAACCAAGGAGACCAACGUGGUGGAGCCCUUACGGAGCCAUGAGCUCCACAACCACACGCAGAACAGCCAGGUGCAGUGUCCAUCUGAGGAACCACUGGCUACGGACCAGUCAAAGAUCUGAGCCGCAAUGCCCAGAAUGCAAUUCUGCAUUGGCCAACCUGACCUCUGACUUUCAGCCUCUUAAGCAGGAAGUGAAGACACUGAACCACUUCCUGUAGGUCACCAAGGUCUGCUCCGGCUCCUUGCCCCUUGCUUUUAAUUCACACAUCACAUUGCUGUGACGCCCCUCUGGCACAUAUGUUUCUAUGUUUUUAUCAUCCCAUGCUCAUUAAAAUACACCUGACUGGCUGUCUGUGGAAUGAGGAAGAAUUACAUGCACUUCGCCCAAAUCUUCAACGGAAUGGAAUAGAUAAGAAUGUAUAUGUCGAUAUCGCUUAUAUGUACUGUAUGUAGAUAUCUUAUGUAUAUGCGAUUCAAGCAACACACUUUGGCUUGCAUCUGGUAUGCAAGAUACUCUCGAAAUGAACAAUGUGAAAUUCACGGACUGAUUUAUGCUUAUGUUUCUUUGGUGAGUCAUCUUUCUUUCCCCCAGUGGUUUUGCUUUCUUUCCAAAUAUCAUCAAGCUCCCUUCCCCAUUUCAGCAAAACAGAAAAUUAAAAGACCCCUGUCGUUCUGCUUCAAAAUUUAAAUCAAAUUCAUUCAGGAACCCUGUCAUUCAGACCUUAGCAGACAGUGCCUUUUUCAUUUAUGUUUUCCGUGACAUUUUUCCAUGAAUCUUUUAUUUCUCGUAGUUUCAUUGAAGGACAUCACUCCGUGGUGUUCGGAGCUAGCGAGGUUAAAGCCAGGCGUUACGUGCCCUUUGGCUGAACUUGUGUCUGAGUGCCAGCUAAGGGCAGCCAGGCGAGGUGUGCAUCUCUGACUCUGCCCAGGCCGCUGUCGAGACCUGCCCGAUAUUCAUGAGCCACGAUGGCGCCCGCGAUCUACUCGCCAUGUAGCACUUGAGGUCCCUUGUUUUCUCUCACAUACACAUUUUCUCUCCCCUGGAUCUGGCUGACAAGGACGGCCAUAGAGACUUGUAGGGACAAGGCAGGUUCCUGCCCUACACUGGAUCAGACAUUCUCCCAACACGCACUGCUCUCCUGACACUUUCAUCGCUCUGUCGUUCUUCAGCCUCAUAACGCUGUACGUAGCGCCUGUUGUCCUGAGGUUCUCGUCCACUUUCGCUGUGGGCGCAUUCAUAGGAUUUGCGUGUCACGCUUUACUAUAAGGGUACAUGAAUUGGCAUUAACUAAUGUAGUUGUUAGCAUUAAUUCAUUGGUGUACAAAUACAUUCAUUAAGCAUAAAAUAAACUUUUCAUUACUUAAUGUAUUUAUCAAUGUAUUAAUGUAACUAUUAACAAAUGUAUUCGUUACAUGAAUAUAUACGUUAGCAAACCAUAGAAUAAACUUGUAAUUGCAGUAGUUAGCGAUUAACAAAUACAAUGACCAUUUGUUUCAUUCCAAUAUGAAUUGGCAUUAACUAUUGUAGUUGUUAACAUGAAUCAGUGAUGUGCAUAUACAUAAACAGUUGUUAGUUCAUGCCAAUCCAUGUAACCUUAUUGUAAAUUGUUGAUCAUUUCCUGGUACUGUUGUGAUCACCCAAUUAUGUUUAGUGGUGGUGUUCUUGUUUUUCUUUGUGUUGGAUGUAUUGCGAAAUCACAGAUUUGUGUCGUAGUUGUGUGAAUAUAACUGGUCCUUUGUAUUUGUUUUUUUCGUUAAUUUCUUUUUGUCUCGUCAAGCGUGUGGGGAGUGAGAGAAGGGAUAGAUAUGUAAAGUACAACGGCCAAAGUUGUUUUCUUCUACUGAAGUUGUGUGGAAUGUCUGUCAUGCAGAAAUCCUUUUGAAUGCUUCAUACAUUUUCUGGCGCAAUUGGCCACGUUUCUUUGUAAUGUGAGUGGCCGCUGGGUUCUGUGUUUUUGCAGUUUGUGUGGAAACUGUAAUAAAACAAACCACUCAGAAUAAAGCUACAAUUUGGUAAAACUACUCCCACUCCUCCAAAUGAAUUUUAAAGGUACAAUAGGUAAGACUUUUAUGUUAAAACAUUGUUACAAGACCAUUAUAACUCCCUUCCUAUCACUGUAAAAGGCUCACUGACAUGUUGACUCACCCUCUACCUGUGUUUAUAGUCCUUAAAUUCGGGUUUCAAAAUAUGCAGUUGAUGGGCCAGCACUUUGUACCAAAACAUUGUAUAACUGAACAAUAAUUCAAGCUCAUUGGUUGAGAAUUCGUUCUAAUUGCCACAGCCAAUGGCAUUUCAACGUCAGCAUGUUUACAAAGAAGGGGUGGGAUAAACAGUGUUGUGGUUUGAGUGUAUUUGGUAAGUCCGAAAUUACCUACUGUACCUUUAAUAUGUGCGAGGACUUCAAAUUCAGCCUUGGUUCUACAUGUGUGAAUACUUUGAAUUUCACUUUUUUAAACGUAUGCAGGAGAAUAUGUGUGUGUGUUUGUGUAUGUUUAUGUGUUAAUGGUUAGGGAUACUGUAAGGAUUCCAGAUUCACACAGAAAUUUCAGGGACGGAGUGGAUCGCAGGCACGCUUAUUAUAAAUAUC